AGGUUAGAUAUUUAAAAAAAUAGCGAUGAUAAUAGAGAAGCACCAAAAAGUGCGAAGGCGUGCCAGCCUGCACUUGAGUUUGUCAAGAAGCAUGCAUAAAGCCAGGAAAAACUACAUACUGAAGUCCAUCGAGGCAACAGGACUAUCUUUCUGCAGAGAAACGUCUAUUCAUGGUUGUCGGUUUCUAGUCGAAGAAAUUGAUAAGACUGGGAAUACUUACGUCAGACGUUUUCGACGAGCUGCCAGUAUUCUAGUCUGGGUUCCAGCUGUUACUUUCGGCUCAGCGUUUGCAAUAUACCUAAUGAUACUAGUUUGGAACCGAUACCAAACAACCCCAACAAUCACUACAAUUGAGACCAACAAUUACCCAAUUUGGAAUGUACCCUUUCCUGGAGUAACAAUUUGCAAUGUGAAUAGUGUGUAUGAACCUAACACUCAUAACAUAUCCUUAGAAUUGCUAAAACGUGGAUUUACUCCUGCUGGUAUUGAAAGUUUUUUUCAAAGUUUGGCUGCACUAGUCAACUUCCGGGAAGUGGACAGUGCGUUCGGCAGAAUAUUUCAGGCAUUGGAAGAUUUAGGAUACUCAAUGGAAAAACUUAUGUUCGAUAUGGCCCAGCCAUGUGAGAAUCUCAUCAGAGAAUGUGUUUGGCUUGGGAAAACGGUGCCAUGCAAGUCUCUAUUCCGAUUAGUAAAAAGUGCAAGAGGAUUUUGCUGUUCAUUCAACUAUAAGGCUCUUAGAUCCUCCCUGGAAAUAGAAACAAAAGCGGACGACUACUUCCAAAUCAACACACCUGUAAUUAGGAUUUCUGGGGCAGGCGAGGAUGUGGGGCUGAUAUUGCUGGUGAAUGUCGAGGAAGAAUAUUAUGUUGCCCCAAAAAGGCAGUUCUACGGUACGGAAAUUAUAAUCCACGACGCAGAAGACUUUCCCGAACAGACACUCAUCAGUGCUUACGGUCAACCUGGGGAUGAAGUCUCCAUUGCUGUCGUCCCGUCCGUUGUCGUUACCGAAGAAAGCGCAGAGAACCUGCCAACAAGUCUCCGAUUUUGCAGAUUUAGUAAUGAGAAACCACUGAGGAUAACGAAGAAGUAUAGCUUUCAGUCAUGUUUGACAGAGUGUCGUGCUGAUUCCAUUUUGAAAAGAUGUGGUUGUUUGCCGUUUUUCUUCCCGGAAUUGAGCUACAAUCAAAGCAUGAGGUCGCGGCAAUGCAGUCUGAAAGAUAUUAAGUGUUUGAGUGACAACAAGCAUUAUUUUAACAGUCUGCAACCUUCUGGAGAUAUUGGCUACGAUUUCAAUAACACAAAUUUGAAUAUUUCCGAUUCAAGUGUGGGGAUGUCUUGUGACUGUUUGCCUAGUUGUUCUGAACAAGUUUAUAAUAUUCAAACUUUUAUAACAAAGUUGUUCAACGAUACAAGCGCAGACUAUGGACACUUUGACACAUACAAUUCCUCGGCGAAUUCUACAAUUAUCAAAGUUUACUUCAAAGACUUAUCUUGCAUCAAAUAUCGUCGAGAGAUUUUUAUGACUUGGGAUGACAUGUUAGCUUCAUUCGGAGGAAUAUUUGGGCUUUGUUUAGGCGGAUCGGUCCUAAGUUUAGUCGAAAUCGCAUACUACGCUACAUUCAAAUUGUAUGCGAGAAUACUUGCAAACAAAGCUAAAUUGGAAGAGGAGCAAAAUCAUCCGCAUUUAUUGCUGAAUUUCAAUAAAGUCCGCUUUUCACCUGUUAGUCGUCAAAAGAAAUCUAAAAGUCCAUACCAAGAGGCUUUCCUGUGGUAACUAAAAGGGAGCAAGGAAACGAAAGCAUGGUUAUUUUUCAUUAUUAUAUUCUAAUAUAUAUAUAUAUACAAUACACUGUAUCGUUAGUACAUAGCUAUGCACACUUCUUAAAUUUUGUAGUCUGUGCGAUUACAAUAAACAUUUAUUGAUGCGGGGAUUAUUGUGAUUGUAAUUUCGUUCAAUUUGUUGUUAAUGGCUUGCUCACUUCGUCAUUCGAGUGAACCCAUUUAAUUCACCAUAAUAUCGAGUUUUCCUUAAUACUAUGUAAGAAAUUUUAUCGCUUAAUCUUUGUGCGAAUUUUAGAACCGUUACCAAAAAUUCUCCCAAAAUUAUAACAUUAUCUAGGUAAAUUACAUUACACAUUCGACAACUUCUUAAAUUUAUAAAAUUAAAUUGUAAUAAAUAUUGGAAAAGUGCAAUGUGUGAAAAUAAUCUCAGUUUGCGUUACAUUUUUUAAUUCAAUUGCAAAUUGAACUUCUUUAGAAAUUUAGCAGAGCUGAAACAAUAUUUCUUUAUAGUACAAAUGAUGGAAUGACAGCUUUCAAAUUUUAAAAAUCAAAAUUAUUAAUUAAAUUAAUAGAAGUACAUGUAAGGACCUGUGAGGCUAUUCAAAAGGUACUAUACCAAUGUGCUUGUUGGAAUUACAGUGCUGGUGAUGCAAUUUUCAAUCCAAUAUUAAUUAAUUUGCAACUAAAAUAUGGACAUAUUAUCCCCGGCUUUGACCGAUCAAAAAGAUGGGAUUCGAGACCAGCGAGAGAGCGGAUGCAGUUAAGCAGGAAUAGAAAAUAAUAUUUCCAGAUGGAUAUUACAAUUGGCAUACUCUUAACCCACCGAAAAUACAACUCCGACCAAUUGGAGCUUAAAUAAUGAUAGUGGAUCCUCCGCAAAACUCAUCACUUCUACUGUUAAUAUUUGAGGAUCAAAUCCUGGGGGAAUAUCUUAGUUGACUUUCAAAGCAUGGGAAAUUCUAGACCUGGUUCUACUCGGCCAUAUAUUGUUUUUCUUACAUUUUAAUGUAUAUCAAUUUUAUGUCAUAAUUUUUUAAAAUUUUUUAGUGGUAUUGCUUUUGAAAUCAAAAUCUGUACCAUCAAUAAAUACGGUGCUCCUCCCCUUA